AGCUGAUUUUUGUUAGCAGUUCCUAUGAGCCACAGAAGGUAGUACAUGUGUUUUCACUCGAGCAGUAGAAAGCCGGUCAAUUGAAUUAAUUUGAUAAUUUUAUAGUUUAGUGUGUUUUUGGACAUUUCUUUUUAAAUUAAAAUGGAAGUUUUACCCUUCGUUGACAUCAAGCAGCACAGCGGUCUUGAAGGCUGUGAACCAGAAUAUAAUGAAUUUUUCCGGUUAGAAGAGACGUCCCUGAUAGAAGCAUUAUCUAAGCGUCUCGAAGGAGAGCUUAGGACUGCGAAGAGAACCCAUCUUUCGGUAGGAGAAGUUCUUCUUCCCAAUGGACUGACGCAUUCGAUAGCCAAAGAUCUUUUUUACUUGGCCGAUUCUGAACCUUGUGGACUUCGUGGGUGCACUUUGUAUAUAGACUUUGAGAACAAUGAUCUCAAGACGAAUUUGAGCCAGGUCAAGUGCGAUGCUUCGACUCCUUCUACCUUCGAAGUGUACUUGACGCUUAAGCAGGCGACCACUGGAUGGAAUUCGUUUCUGCCACAGUUUCUUAAAAAAAUCACAAGUUCUGGAGCGCUUAUGAUAAGUGCAGAAUAUGGACUUACCAAGAAGCAACUGUAUCGCUCGAGUUACUAACUCGACUGAUUUUUGAUAAUAAUAUGUGAUCAUUCACACACAUAUACGUACACAUUUACAUUUACAAGUAUCUCGAAAUUUUUUUUAUUUCAUUCACGUUUUUGUAUUCAUAACUAUAUCAUUAGUUGUAAUCGUUCGUUUCUUUAUCAAGUUAGUUAACAUUGAGUUGUAUGUGUAAGAUAUAAAAGAGUUUUUAAGGUUUUUGGUAAUUUUAAAAAUUCUAAAAUUGUGAUAUAGGUGUGCAGAUUAUAAAAGUGUUAUAUUCAUAUUUUUUGUGAUAUUAGUUCGAUACGAAUUUUAUUUUUAUAGAAUAGGUGCGUUCAGCUGAUAUUUGGUUGAGAACUGAAAAAGUACAUGGGGGAAUAUAUGUGUACAGUACCCUGACUAAACAUUAUGGCAUAUAUUAUGCUAACCGUUUAGUUUGAAGCUUUUAGUGUACUGUACGUAUGUAGUUCACUGUGUAACGUGUGAUUUGUUCAGUAUUAAAACUUCUUUACCAAAUAUACUAAGAACACAAUCUGAUCUCAAAUUAAUAUAGAUUUGUUAGAUAUGUGGGAAUUUUUAUACAUUUUUAAUAGAAGUCUUCAUAAGAUUUAUGUACUUCCAUACUAAUAUGUCUAGAUUUGUAAACGAUAUACAUGGAAGAGCAGAACUUCAUAUCCCAGUAUACACACUAUAUUCUGACAUGACACUUUACAAAAAAAAUUUACAUAAAGUACUAAUUACUUUGUUCUCUUCUUCUGUGGGUGUUGUUUGGAUUUAGUUAUAAAAUCAAAUAAAUGUCUGUACCAAGAAAAAAAAUAAUGCAGAAAAAAUAAUAAAUCUUUGAAGUAUGUUA